CAGCUUUCCGGUGAAGUGGGGGGGAUAGAGGGGAGUCAGCAGUAAGAUUUUUAUGGUAGGAAUCACCUGAGUUGGGCAAACAGUGAUGCUGGUGAGCACCUGGCUAUAAAGGGCAGCUCCUCUCCCGGCCCUGCGAGAAGCCAUUAUUCCUCCUGAUCUCCAGAGAGCAGGAGACACGUCUAGGAGGGAGGAGGAUGGUGGCAGCAGCCAGACUGGCCCUCCUGCUGCUGGGCUUCACAGGGCUCCUGUGGCCAGCCGGUGCCCGGUACAUAGACUACUGCCCUGAGGGCUGGUCCUACUACAAACUCAGCUGCUUCAAGUACUUCCAUCAGCCCCGCAGCUGGGACGAGGCUGAGAGGCAGUGCCAGGCCAGCCAUGCCAGUGCCCACCUGGCCUGGGUGGAGGAGCCCCGAGAGGCGGCCACCCUGCGGAAGGUCAUCUCCUACUACCAGCGCGUCCAGCCCGUCUGGCUUGGCCUCCGCUACAGGCACGAGAGCCGGGCCUGGCAGUGGGCGAGUGGGGACACGUACAGCAUCUCCAGUGGGCUGGAUGGGAACGGUGCCCACGGGGGGACCUGCGGUGUGCUGACCCACCUCAGCGGCUUCACCCUGUGGUCCAGCGCCGACUGCACCCAGCGGCAUCAUUACAUCUGCAAGUUCACCCCUUCACACUGAGCGCGGCCCCCAGGGGACCCAAGGAGGACCCCACACCGGCGAUGCUCCUUCCUUGCUACCUCUGCUCCUCUCUCCCCAACUCCUAAAAAUACAUCUAUAAAAAUUCAAGCAUGCAA